AUGGAGUGUGAUCUGGCAGCAAUCAUCAGAUCUGGCCAACCUCUGACCGAUGCCCAUUUUCAGUCUUUUAUCUAUCAAAUCCUGUGCGGCUUGAAGUACAUUCACUCAGCGAACGUCCUCCACCGAGAUCUUAAGCCAGGCAACUUGUUGGUCAACGCAGACUGUGAGCUGAAGAUCUGUGACUUUGGUCUUGCAAGAGGCUUUUCCAUGGAUCCAGAAGAGAACGCAGGCUACAUGACCGAAUACGUCGCCACAAGAUGGUAUCGGGCACCGGAAAUCAUGUUGAGCUUUCAAAGUUAUACUAAAGCAAUCGAUGUCUGGUCUAUUGGCUGCAUUCUUGCCGAGCUGCUGGGUGGCCGACCUUUCUUCAAAGGAAGAGAUUACGUGGACCAGCUGAACCAAAUUCUCCACUAUCUCGGAACUCCGAACGAAGAAACACUGUCACGGAUUGGAUCGCCUCGAGCACAAGAGUAUGUCCGCAAUCUACCUUACAUGCCCAAAGUGCCCUUCCUGCGGCUCUUCUCGAACGCCAACCCCGAUGCUUUGGAUUUAUUGGAUAAGAUGCUGGCUUUCGAUCCAUCCGCUCGAAUCUCUGUCGAGGAAGCGCUUGAGCACCGCUACUUGCAUAUCUGGCACGAUGCCUCGGAUGAGCCCUCCUGUGCAACGACGUUCGACUUCCACUUUGAAGUCGUAGAGGAUGUGCCUGAGAUGAGGAAAAUGAUCCUUGCCGAAGUGGCUCGAUUCAGACAGCAAGUGCGCGUACAGCAACCGCAGCAGCAAAUGAGUGGGCAGAUCAAUGUGCCUAUUCCCGAAAACGCCAAUCAAUGGUCUCAUGAGGACCCAAGGCCUCAGGAAGCAGCACACUCACAGCAAAUGCAUGGCAUGGAACUUGAACAGGAGCUGCAAGGAGGACUGGACGCGAUGCACUAG